AGUUUAUUUCAUUUCCUGUAAGUGGCCUAAUAGUUAUGAACGGGAGUGUACAUCGUAUUGUUGGCUGGUAGUGGUUGGAGGAAACCAAAAGAAGCUGCAAAGAAGUCCUUGAAUUUUUUACUCAACGUAUCCUCGAUCCUAUUUUUAACGUUGUAAGUCUCGCUUUCUGUUACUUAUCUCUAUUUAUUUCGUUUCUUUGGUAAUAUUUCACUAGACAUUCAUAAAAACUGCAGAUGUAAAGCGACGUUUAUGAGGGUUUACAUAUGGUAGUUUAAUCUGUAAUGCACUUGAGAAUGGCAGAACGAUGCAAUAUUUCAUAUCGUGUUAUCAAAAAUGUGUCUUCUUCGAUAUUUUGAGAACGAGAAAGUUAGAUAUACCGAAGUAUAUAUAAAAUAGCGAAGAAGGAGCAGUGUUACAGACGAGUAUAUUAUUUUCACCAUGAUUUUCAAGCUAAUUUCGUUUCUCGUAUUCUUAGGCCUCAUUUUAUGUUCUUCAACUUCUAAACAUACCACUGGAAGCAAUUCUCCAAUUCCAAAUGAUACUCGAUCAGAUCCAAAUACCUUUGUGUUAGUUAAUCCAAAUCAAGUGCAUCGUUUGGAAAGGACGAUACGAAACUUCUUUUCGAAAAUAGCAGAGCCUAUAGACAAACCGAUUGUGUUAAGAUCUACAUCGUCUAAUUCAUAUGGUCUGCUAUCAACUAUUCGAGAAGUAUGUGAAAGUAUAAGGAAAAAGCUCAUGCAAUUCGCUAAUGAUUGUGGACUAAUUAAUACCGUUCAACGAUACGAAAAACGUUCGAGUCAGGAUCCAUUGUCCGAUGAUUGGUUCUCUGAGUUGCUGCUACAAAGUAUAUACGUGAUACGAGACUUAGGAAACAUGAUUAAUGAAAUUAGAUCAUCGACUGGUUUGUAUCUUGGAGAAGGAAAUACGACUUUCCGAGAAAGUAAGUUCCAGCAACUGAAUAGACACGCUAACGGCUUCAAAUUCCUCGGCGUAGUGAACGAUGCAGCAGAAUUUAGCGACAGACUAUCGCAAUGUCUGCUGCAAAUAACGAACAAUAGGAAGCGUAGAUCUUCUUUUAGUCUAAAUCGAGCAAUCCUCGAUCUGAUGAAACAUACACCGGAAACCACCCUUAAAACUUUGGAAACUAGUUUAAGGAACAUCUCACAAACGAAUGUUCUAAAGAAUCAUCCAGGACAAAAGUCCUGGCACAUUUUCUUUUGUCUUUCAACGGCGAGAAACAGGGGAAUCGAUUACGACGAGUGCAUUCGCGAAUUGCAACGCUUCGAUGAAUGCCUAAGCAGCUCGAAACAAUCAUCGAAUAUGAAAAUGCAUAAUUUUGACGCGAAAUCGUGGACAAGGGCGAUUCGAAGAUUGAGUCAUUGCAAAACUAUGGAAGAUAAAUAUGGAGAAACGGAGGUCUCUUGUAAACCCGAUCGAAGAAUGCCACGAAAAAUUAAAAAGAAAACGAAGUACGUGUUUGAAAGAAUAUUGGACAGAAAGAUACCUAGAAGAUCUUCUUUCCAUCGUGCUGUUAGUGAUCUUAGCGACACAUUUUCGGAAAGCGAAUGGGGACAAAGAUUUAUCGAUGAGUUGUGCCAAUACCUUGGUAUUUACGAGGAUGGCAAAAAGAAACUAAAUAGAUUUUCAAAAUCCGCGAGUAAGAACAAAAAGGCAGCGGUGAAGCACAGUGAAAUCUCGGAAGCUUUGAAAUCAUACAAAAAGGGAGCGAUGGUAAGAACGUUCGGAGCGAUAAAUAAAAUGCACCGAUCUGCGGUCGAUUUUGAAAAAUUCUUCGCGGAGGGAAUGAGAGAUACCUUUAAGGAAGCUUGGCAGAGCCACGUGAAGGUUUUAUCUAGUCUGAUGGACUGGAUGACCAAGCUACUGGAACUCCACAGCGGCGGAAGCUCCAGUGGAAAGGAACCGCGCUCGUCAGACACGAGCUCGUCAGACACGAGCACAUCGCAAGUCGAGUGGAAUAGCGACGAAGAUUUGGAUUCUGAAAAUAUCCGGGAGCGUGUUGUAGCUCGUCCUAAAUCAGAGAUAAUAAAAGAUGUGGACAGCUCUAUGAAUAGUCUAAUGAAAUCAAUGAAUCACCUAACCAGACAUCGAAACGCGACCAAUAAAGAUAUGCUGACUUCUCUUGCUAAUAAUCUUCUUUUAGUCAUGAUAUUCAUGGAAACUAUGGGCUUCGUUUCUUCCUUAUACUGUUUUGGACCAAUUGCGAGUGAGGAAACUUCUUUAGAAUUUGACGACGAAUGGAACCGUCAACAUGGAUCGUUGCAUUUUUCUGAAUACGAUAAAAUUAUCGAUUUAAUCUCACGUGAAUAUCCUCUUUUUAAUUAUUAAUUCUGAGAAUAAUUAAUUCUGAAUAAACCACAAAAAUUCUAUGUAAUCUUCAAAAUAGUUGUAAAUAAAUAUAAUAAAUAAAUUUAUCCAAUGUAGUAAAUACAAAUUAUUGAAGAAUUU